CGCACGGGUAAGAUGCAUCCAACUCGAUGUCACUGGAAUGCAAUGAUGGUGGUCUCCCGAUCCACCCUUCAUCGUGCAAAGCUUUCGACAACAAAACUGAGCUCGCAGGCGUUGCUCGAGGCGCGUGACGGCAUGUGAUGAAGAAAUUUGCAUCAAGAACAAGGUUUUAUUCCCCCCUUUUCCAGGACAGAGCUGCGGGCGCAGAAAUCAAGUGCGGAUGAUGACUGCAUCUAAGCGCCCGGGCGCUGAGGGAAUGAGAACUUCGCACCACUGCUCACUCUUACGGAGUACUCCGUACAUUUUUGAUAUUUGUCCAAAUCCUCAAACGCAGGACAUGCUUGAAGUGUGAGUUGCCCUGGGUGCUCCACAGAAAGGUGAUUGGACAAAUGGGCGGGUUAUCCGACGCAUGAAUGGUCAGAAACCGGCCCCGGGAGGCUGUCUUGACUGCCCAACCAACAGCCCAAUGGCACCACCCCCCCUUGCAGCCGACAUUGCUGCAGCAACGCGUCUUCUGACCCUGGCCGGCUGAGUUCCCAACACCCUACACAAAAGCGGAAUGGCCCGGUAUCAUGAUCUGUGGGGGAUCGAGGGUGGAGUCAGAACACCAAUAUUUCCUGGAUUUCGAGGACAAGAGUGCAGGCGACGCAGCGGGAAGUUGUCGAAAGGCGGACGUCGUGGCUGGGAGGGAUCUUGUAGCAUUUCAAAAGGGCGACGGAGCAUGCAGCAUCGAAAGUUGGGGGAGAGAAAGGUCAGCAGACCUGCAUGAGUCGUCUCAUUCCAUUAUCCCUCGCAUUUUUGGAUACUCCGACGAGUCUUCUGAGGCGACGAUCCUUGAAUAAACAUGUACUCCGUGGUUGUCGAGAGCAUUAUACUUCGUGCUGUAUGGUAGUAUUUAACGACUGUCGCACCCAUACUCCGUACUGUAGCAGAUAUCCCCUCGUCAGCCGUGCUUAAUCUCUCUUCGCAGGAGCCGAAGCAACAGGACUGAAACUCCUGAAGAUUGCUGGGCGGAUUAUCGUGAAAUCGAGCGAUACGAAGAUUGGUGCUCGACUUGCGACGUGAUAGGCUGCGGGCCGGCAUUCCCUGUGGCUAAGAUUAGUGCAGGA